CGGAAGUAGCUGGUUGGGUUUUUGCUCCUGUCUCUGACUCCGGCCUUACGAUGGGUUGCGACGGAGGAACAAUCCCCAAGAGACACGAAUUGGUGAAGGGGCCGAAGAAGGUUGAGAAGGUUGACAAAGAUGCUGAACUAGUGGCCCAAUGGAACUACUGUACUCUAAGUCAGGAAAUAUUAAGACGACCAAUAGUUGCUUGUGAACUUGGCAGGCUUUACAACAAAGACGCUGUCAUUGAGUUUUUAUUGGACAAAUCUGCCGAGAAGGCUCUUGGGAAGGCAGCAUCUCACAUUAAGAGCAUUAAGAACGUGACAGAACUAAAGCUUUCUGAUAAUCCUGCCUGGGAAGGAGAUAAAGGAAACACGAAAGGCGACAAGCAUGACGACCUCCAGCGGGCACGUUUCAUCUGCCCUGUCGUGGGCUUGGAGAUGAAUGGCCGGCACAGGUUCUGCUUCCUGCGGUGCUGUGGUUGUGUGUUUUCUGAACGCGCCUUGAAAGAGAUAAAAGCGGAAGUUUGCCACACGUGUGGGACUGCCUUCCAGGAGGAUGAUGUCAUUGUGCUCAAUGGUACUAAGGAGGAUGUGGAGAUACUGAAGAACAAGAUGGAGGACAGACGGCUGCGAGCGAAGCUGGAGAAGAAAACAAAGAAGCCGAAGGCAUCAGAAUCUGCUUCAAAACCAGGAGUCACUGAAGGGAGAACUCUAAAAGAAUCCCCAGGGCCAUCAGAAGUGAAGGCAAGCAGGCCUGAGGAGAGCGGCACUGACUCCAGAGAGAAGAAGACAGCCUUGGCUCCCAGAAGUGCAGCAACUAACGGGAGCUCUGCUGGGAAGGCUGGGAAGCCUGUAUGCGGAGCUGUGAAGCGGUCCAUCGCUGACAGCGAGGAAUCUGAAACCUACAAGUCCCUUUUCACAACUCACAGCUCCGCCAAACGCUCCAAGGAGGAGUCAGCCCACUGGGUCACUCACACAUCCUAUUGCUUCUGAGGUGCAGCCUGCAUCUCCCCAGCCUCCUUGCUGUGGUCCUGGGUGCCAUGUAGUCUGUGGGAGUCCAUCUCACAAGGUUAUAAAGCUGUUCUCACUACCCUCGAGCCAGCGCAGUCCCUUGUUGUGAGGCAUGUGGGUUGGGGAGGAUGGAGGUGGUACACAGUGUGACCGUCAGCCUGUUGCACGGCUGCGUCCACACACACUUCCACCCCCAGUGUGCUUGACGGUGCUCCUUAUGCUUCAGUAGUGAGACUCAGUUCCUCAUGGUAUAUUCAGCUCACUUCAGUGAGGUCAAGCCAGUGACACCAAGCUCAGAGAGGACCGAGCUCACACAGGUCACCUGCUGAGGUCUCUGAGGGUGGCAGCCCUCUCACCAGCCCUGGAAGGGCUGGGGCCUGUUGUCUGGCACUGAGCAGAGGCUUCCCACCUUAGUGUUCUGAAGAGCACUCAGGUGAGCUGGGCACCUCAUGGUCCACUACAGAAUAAAGCACAUCUGCAUAUU